AGGGGCCAUAUUGUUGAUGUGUCACCUCGGGAGGAGAUCACUCACACGGACUUGACACUCAUUAUUUAUCACGGCAGCUGGUAUAUGCCAUUUUAAAUGGAUUUAACAUAACCGUGCCAUUAGCUGAAGGAGAUCAUGGAGCCGUCGGAUUGUCAGAGCGAACUGACCCCUGCCUCUGACCCCUUCCAAAGUUCAGAGGUCAGUGUAGUUCCGGAAGGGUCAAACAAUGUCCUCAGCAAUGGGGGUGAACCUGUUUUAAAAGAACAGGAGGAAGACACUGAGCUGGACAGUCUUGAGCUGGAUGGUACUCUUUCAGAUAGUGUGGACAGAGAAGGUCAGAGACCAGACAUGCACAUGGAGGUCCAGCAAGAUGAAGGACUUGGAGAACAUGCACAGGGUGAUGGGAACACAAGCUGUGACAGUGGAACAGCCUCCAUUGAUGAUGCCAGGACUCCACCAGCUGUUCACGACAGUGCUGUAGAAUCACUUCCCGCGGUUCUUGAUGGAGAACUCGAAUGUUCUGGUCUUGAAGAACCAGCGGAGGUGGUUACAGAAUCAGAAGGUGGGACUCAGAAUAAUGUUGAGGAAUCUUCUCCAUCUGUUCUGAAUGGGACAGAUGAUAUUUCAUCCACACAACUUGAUACAUUCAACGGACCAACAGAACUUAACAGAACUCCUUUGACUCCUACGCCGGCUCCCCAGGGUGAGGAACUGCCAGAUGUUGUUUCAGUACCCCAAAACUCACAAUCUAACUCCAGCAUGAACCCAUAUGACACAGACUGCAGCAGGAAACUGUUGUCUGAGAUCCAGCGCUCUCUGUCUCAGGAGUCUCUGUUGGAUGAACUGGAGGAUGAGCUGUUGAACAGUCAGUCAGAUGGCAUCCGCAAGGGAAGUCCUCCCAAUGGGCUUCAGAAGGACCAGAAUUCCAUGGUUUUAUUUGAGAAGUGUGUACAGCAGGAGCUGAUUCUGGGCAUCUGCUCUGAGAAAGACAACAUGAGGGAUGAGCUGAAGAAGAGGAUGGAGACAGAGAAACAGCAUAUUUGCACCAUUAAGAAAGAAACAAAAGACAAACUAAGAGAAACAACUUCCAAGCUGACUCAAGCAAAGGAGGAGACUGAACAGAUUCGCAAAAACUGCCAGGAUAUGAUCCGCACAUACCAGGAAUCUGAGGAGAUUAAGUCAAAUGAAUUGGAUGCAAAGCUGCGAGAGACCAAAGGAGAGCUGGAGAAGCAAAAACAAGAGCAGACAGACCAGCUAGAGAUGCACAAAGCUAAGAUUAAGGAGUUGGAUGAUCUGAAGAGGACUUUUAAAGACGACAUGGAUGAGUUGACCACCCUGCGGACCAAGGUUAAGUGUCUGGAGGAUGAACGGCCCCGCUGGGAAGACGAACUCUGCAAAUACAGAGAGAUCAUUAACAGACAGAAGGCUGAGAUCCAGAACCAGAGGGAAAAACUCACCGCUAUCACUAGACUAGAGGAGCAGCACCAGAGGGAUGAUCAGGAGAUCGCGUCCUUGCGGGAGGAGGUGGAGAAUCUGAACUCUCAGAUCACCGAUUUGCAGAGGGACAUUGAAGGCAGCAGGACAAGAGAGGCGGAGCUGCUGGGCUUCACUGAGAAACUGACCAGUAAAAAUGCUCAGCUGCAGUCUGAGAGCAACAGCUUACAGGCCCAGCUGGACAGAUUGAACAGCAGCUCCAGAGAGCUGCACAGCAAACUAGAGGAGACUGAGAGAUCCCUCUCUGAGAUGACGGACAGAUUGAAGAAAGAGGUGCAACAAAGACAGGAGGAAGUUCUGGCAUUGCAGACAGAGAGAACAACACUACAGACGGAGACAUCACAACUAAAGACACGUGUGGAGGAAUUACGAGAUGAACUGGUCACUCAGAAGAGAAAACAGGCGGCCAACAUCAAAGACCUCACCAAGCAGCUCACGCAGGCUCGUAAGAAGCUGGAGCAGGUGGAGAAUGGAGGAUGUGAUCGAGAAGGGAGCAGCAUGGGCAGCCGCUCCAGUUCUUCAGAAAAAUGGUCCCACUUCAUAAAGGACACUUUAGGCUCUCUAAACGCACGAGGCAGCAGUAUGGAUGAUCGCUCUCCAGAGAAUCAGUCCGGUUCAUCGGUGGUCGUGGUGGACAGCUUCCCCGAGGUGGACAAAGCUGUGCUGGUGGAGCGCAUUGUGCGGUUGCAGAAAGCACAUGCUCGUAAGAACGAGAAGAUUGAAUUCAUGGAGGACCACAUUAAACAGUUGGUGGAGGAGAUCAGGAAAAAGACAAAGAUUAUCCAAAGUUACGUGCUCAGAGAAGAGUCUGGAGCUUUGUCUUCAGAAGCCUCAGAUUUGAACAAAGCCCAUCUGAGCCGGAGGGGAGGUAUCAUGGCAUCGCUGUACACCUCCCACCCCGCCGACAGCGGCCUCACUCUUGACCUCUCACUGGAAAUCAACCGCAAACUCCAGGCUGUGCUAGAGGACACCCUGCUCAAAAACAUCACACUGAAGGAGAAUCUCCAAACGCUGGGUUCGGAGAUCGAACGACUAAUCAAACAGCAAAGAGUGCCGGAUUACACAGCUGGAAGGAAGUGAAGUCAUUCGAGGGGAAGGAUGUUACAAUAGCACACGCUGUACGACUGAGCCCGUUACGAAACGAUUUACUCAGUUCGGGAUCAAAACAGUGCUCUUUUCAUCAGACAAGUUCAGUCUGUUUUAUACACUGGAGGCACAGUUCAAAACAAGGACUGAACUGCGCUAACUAAGGAGACUUGUGUGACAAAUGACUGGAAAGCAAAGAGAUUACCAAGAGCCUGUGCUCACUUUUUUCACAUCGUGCCCAACUGUCCUCUCUUCGCCGUCCCCUGCGAUGUAGCCUCCUCAUCUGUGCCUUGAUGACUCCGUUCAUCAGGUUCAGAGCAGAAUUGUAGUCUGAAUCCAACGACGUGGUGUUUGAAGUUGGUAGAUGAAUGACUAUUCUCAUAAAUGUGACCCCACGCUCUUAUGAAGAACAAAAUGUGCUGGAAUAAUGGAGAUUCUGCAGCUCUUUAGAGACUUUUUCCUCUAUUCAUUGCACCGCUGGUUAAUGGCCGCUCCUCGCCGCUCUUAUACAAACGUGCCAAUUAAUGAAUGUAUUAUGUAAUGAGAAGGACCCUUGCGUCUAAUCCCACAUGCUCUGACCCAGGAGUGUGGGCAACAUUCCCCGUUUGAGCUGCUGCUAGGUUACUGCUACUCCCGGAUAGCAUUAUCUCUCGCUCGCAAAGCACUUAGGCGAGAAGGGCCAUGCCAAAAAACACAGCUCUUGCUCUGUCUCAUUAUGAAGUUAAACAGAUUAAUCAGAAUGAAUAACUACAUCUCAGAAAUGUUGAUACAUGUAGGGCUAGUCUUAAGGGAGCUUGCGGUUCAUUCUAUCUGGAUUAAGUUGUAAUUAAAUAUUAUUGUUUUUCCCCUCCUCUUCUGCUUUCCCCCCCUUCUACCUCUGCUUAUAUGUUUUCUGUAGAAACAACCUUGCAAUUAUUUUUAUUUUUAUGCUCCAGCUUUUUUUUUUUUUUCAAUUAUUUUCUUGUGUAUGACGUUCCUGUGCUGCUUUUGAAGAGUUUGUUGCUCCCCAAAGAGACGCAGAGUGUAAAAUCCCUGUGAAAUGAAGGAGACAUUGUAAAUAUUAAGGGCAAAAGUGCAAUUUUAACCUCCCUCUUUGUUUGUUCGACUGAGCCGUAAUCGCCCCAGCCAGCGGCCCAUCUGAGACUCCAGCAAAAUCCAUCCAGUUCCGUGGUGAUGUAACCAUAUGGUACACAACAUCGUGCAGAGUUGAAUCCAUUCCAACAGAUGAAUCGCGAAUGCCUGAGGCAUCACUGGUCUGCUUCUCCUUCCGUCCCUUCAUGCGGGGCUGCAUGAUGAAGGAUCGCCCCGUCGGAUGCUGCUGAUGGAUUUUUUUACGUUCACCUUUAGAGCAGAUAAUUGGCAGAUCUCAGCCAGUUUACCAACCAUUUUAGUGCCAUUCUCAGUCUUCUGGAUUUUCUCACGCUUGAACCGCUAUUGAAAGUAAAAUCAUGCCCAUACACUGUGAUAAAGGGUUUAUAAUAACUUGACAUACUGCAAUAUAAGCUUGUCAAGGUCAUAUCAGUUGUUCUAACACUGAGAGCCUGCGCUCUAGCUCUCAGCACUCCCAAAUCGCAAACACAUUGCAGAUAUUCCGGAAACCGCUGGAUGAAGGAAAUUAUGCAAUGCUAGCAGGAAAAUAAGCAUUUACACAGAGCCCUUAAUAGCGAAUUGAGGACUCUACAAUCGGUCGGUAAUUUAUCAGUGUACUUUACAUUCAUAAUUUAUUUAAUGUCUCAAAAUACUAGAAAGAUCUCUUGAAGCAUGUAUGUGUGUUUGUGAAUGGUGAAUUGAAACUGAUGGGAAAAAGAAAAAAAUCGUGUUGAUGGUCUGUCAUUUGUGCUCUGCUUUACUGUAUAGUGAGUGAAACUGUGAUUAUAAAUUUGUAGAUAUAUUGUACAAUGAUCCAGUGUUUUUAAACUUCUGGAGUUUACUGUAUAUAUGAAGUUUAAAGGGGAUUA